AUGGACCAAUGCAAUCCAGUUGGUACACCUAUGGAAACUGGGUGUAAGUUAGUCAAGGUUGAUGAAUCACCUCUUGUUGAUCAACAUGAAUAUCGGUCCAUGAUAGGCAGUUUGCUAUAUCUUACUACAUCUAGGCCUGAUUUGAUACAAGCUAUAUGUUUGGUUUCACGCUAUCAAUCUGCUCCUAGAGAAUCUCAUCUAAAUGAUGUAAAACGAAUUUUCAAGUACAUUCAAGGUACUCUAGAUUUUGGGCUAUGGUAUUCCAAACAUGAUGAUUUCACUUUAAAGGGAUAUACUGAUGCUAACUGGGGAGGUUGUGUUGAUGACCAACGCAGCACUAGUGGUGCAACAUUCUUUCUUGGUGAUCAUUUGGUUGCAUGGCAUAGUAAGAAACAAGAGUGUGUCACUUUAUCAACUGUUGAAUCUGAGACUAUUGCAGCCACAGCUUGUUGUACUCAGAUGUUAUGGAUGUCCUAUCAGUUAGUAGAUUUGGCUAUUAAAAUUUCAAAACCUAUGUCUAUUUUUUGUGACAACACCAGUGCUAUUCAAAUAUCUAAAAAUCCUAUGAUGCAUUCUCACACCAAGCAUAUUGCAAUUAAGUUGCAAUUUUUGCAUGAACAAGUCUCCUCAAAUGAAGUCACGUUGAUUCAUGUAUCCUCACAAGCACAGGUAGCAGAUAUAUUAACUAAAGCUCUACCAGAAGAACAAUUUGAGCAAUUGCGUGGUUGA